ACAAUAUGAAAGUAUUCCUCGUCCAUUCAUAAUCGUAAAAAUCAAAAUAUCAGAUCCCCGCUUUGAAACAAAAGUGAUAUAAAUAAGACUCAACCACUCUCUCCUCCCCAACUUAUCCAACCACCAGCCCUCGCACAACACACAUUCUGUGUGAGUGUGAAUUUUCGCCAUGGCCGGAGUCCUAGAAACCCUAAUGAUUCCUCGCGCCUCCGCUCUCCCGUCCGCAUCCUUGCCGCCGGUCGCCGCAUCCGCCUCCGUCCGAUUUCCAGAGUUGAGGGGUCUCAAGAUGCAACCAACUCGGUCGUCGGCAAAGCUCAGGACCACUCACAAACUUGCUCGAGGUGGCAGUAGAAUCGUUUGCGAGGCGCAGGACACAGCUGUUGGAGUGGCUGCUGUUACUGAUCCGGACUGGCAAUCUCUUGUGCUUGAAUCUGAUGUGCCUGUUCUGGUUGAAUUCUGGGCACCAUGGUGUGGGCCCUGCCGCAUGAUCCACCCUGUCAUCGACAAACUGGCUAAGGACUAUGCUGGGAAGCUCAAAUGCUUCAAGGUUAACACUGAUGAUUGCUCUACGAUUGCAACCCAGUAUGGGAUCCGGAGUAUUCCUACUGUCAUAAUCUUCAAGAAUGGGGAGAAGAAAGAAGCAGUCAUAGGUGCUGUUCCAGAAACUACAUUGACAACUUGCAUAGAAAAAUACUUGUAGAACUGUAAGUGCACAUGUAUCUUCUGAAAAAUCAAGCUCUCUUUUACUUGUUUCCGUCCCUUUAUUUGACGACAUUCCCAAAAUCAUUGUAAGAAACCAUAUGAAAAUCAUGUAUAGUUGAUACAGAUUUAAAGUAUCAUUCAUACUUGUAUUGUUGGCUUCUGAAA